CUGCUCGCCCCAACCGCUAGUCUCGCGAGAGUCCGGUCGCGGGCUGCCCGGGUGUAGGAGGUGGCUGAGGACGAGGCGGCAGGCUGCCUUUUUUCUCGCCCGGAGGAAGUUCUGGAGGUCAAAAGUCCAAAAUCAAUAUCACUGGGCCAAAGUCAAGAUGUUGGCAGAAGCACACACCCUCCACAGGCUCUAGAUGGCAGUUCCUGGAUUUACCCUUGGUGCCUUCAUACUUCUGUUGCUCGUUAGUUCUGUGGCUAAUUAUCCCAAUGGAAAGGUAACGAAGUCAUGCCGUGGAAUGAUUCCUAAACAUGGUCAAACUCCACAGUCUGAUCCCGCUUGCCACAUCUCAGUGAGUCAGAUGACAUUCAGGCCAGGAGAUCAGAUCAAAGUUACUUUGUCAGGGCCACCAUUUAAAGGCUUUCUCUUAGAAGCACGUGAUGCUGAGAAUUUGAGUGGCCCUCCUAUUGGCUCCUUCACAUUGAUUGACAGUCAAGUGUCACAGCUUCUGACCUGUGAAGAUAUACAGGGAUCGGCUGUGAGUCACACAAGUCCAUCCAAAAAAACAGAAAUUAAAGUCUAUUGGAAUGCUCCAAGCAGUGCCCCAAAUCACAUAAAGUUUCUAGCCACAGUUGUUGAGAAGUACAAAAUCUACUGGGUGAAGAUUCCUGGUCCUAUAAUUUCACAACCAAACGUCCUUCCUUUUACAACACCUAAAGCUACAAUAGCACCUAUGCCAACAUUACCUCCAGUCUCCCAUUUAACCAAAUCAUUCAAUGCUUCAGAUUGUGGGAACAAGAAGUUCUGUAUUAGGAGUCCUUUGAACUGUGACCCGGAGAAGGAGCUUGCCUGUGUCUUCUUAUCCUUCACACGAGAUGCCAAGUCAGUGAUGGUUGAAAUGAGCGGUCCCAGUAAAGGCUAUUUAUCCUUUGCAUUUUCUCACGACCGAUGGAUGGGUGAUGAUGAUGCUUAUGUGUGUAUUCUUGAAGAUCAGACUGUGCACAUACAACCUUCCCAUCUGACAGGGCGAAGUCACCCUGUAAUGGACUCAAGGGAUCCUCUUGAGGAUAUGGCUUGGAGGUUGGUGGAUGGUGUUAUGCAGUGUUCUUUCAGAAGAAACAUUACCCUUCCUGGGGUUAAGAAUAGAUUUGAUCUAAAUGCAAGUUACUACAUAUUUCUAGCAGAUGGUGCAGCUGAUGAUGGUCAGAUUCAUAAGCAUUCUCAGCAACCUUUGAUUACAUAUGAAAAAUACAAUGUGACAGGCUAUCCAGAGAACAUAGGAGGAUCCCAUUCUUUACUCCUUCUGAAGGUUCAUGGCGCCUUAAUGUUUGUGGCAUGGAUGACUACUGUUAGCGUAGGUGUACUGAUUGCCCGGUUCUUCAAACCUGUUUGGUCAAAGGCUUUAUUUGGUGAUGCAGCUUGGUUUCAGGUACAUCGAAUGCUCAUGCUUACUACUUCUGCCCUCACUUUUAUUGCUUUUCUUCUGCCUUUUAUUUACAGAGGAGGCUGGAAUUGGCAUGCAGGUUAUCACCCAUACCUUGGUUGUAUAGUGAUGAUUUUAGCAGUUCUUCAGCUUCUUUCGGCAGCCUUCAGACCACCUUUACAUGACCCAAGAAGGCAAAUGUUUAACUGGACUCAUUGGAGUAUGGGAACAGCUGCUAGAAUAAUAGCAGUGGCAGCAAUGUUCCUGGGAAUGGAUUUACCAGGAUUGAAUCUUCCUGGGCCAUGGAAAACCUAUGCAAUGAUUGGAUUUGUAGCCUGGCAUGUUGGGACAGAGAUUGUUCUGGAGGUACACACUUACCGACUCUCUAGAAAAGUUGAAAUAUUGGAUGAUGAUAGAAUUCAGAUCCUCCAGUCAUUUACUGCAGCUGAAGCGGAAGGUUAUGCUUUUAAAAAGGCAGUGUUAGCAAUUUAUGUCUGUGGGAAUUUGACUUUUCUCACUAUGUUCUUAUCUGCAAUCAACCAUCUAUGAGCGAGCGAAGACCUUGGCUUUUGCAGACCAGGUGAUAAUUAUCAUCAAGCCAAAAAACUUGAUUCCUGUACCGACUGCCUGGAGCGUAUUCAUGACUUCUAAUUAGGAAGACCAGGCCAUGUCUAUAGAGAAAUUCAGAAGUCUGGUCUUUAGAGAUCAACAUUCACUAGGGUCCUAUGGGCUAUAAACUGAUGUCAAGCUUUUAUGUAUUAUUCUGAGUCUUAAAGGGAAGAUUGUACUUGAGGAGAAAUGACUCAAAUAUGCUGAGUUUUUAUGCUGAAAUUUUAAGAAUGUUAGCAUGUAAGAAAAGAACUGUUUGGAAAAACAAAAAAGAUGUCAUAGGAUAAAAUGCAGAUAGUAUUAAGGUAAAUAUAUUUUGGACUAUAAAGGUGUUGUGGUACUUUAAAGAAAACAUUUAUUUUUACUAGUAUAUCUGAAUGGUCUUUCUUAGGAUUUUUUUCCCCUUCCCCCCUUUCUUAAAAAUUUUUUAGAAACAUGUUUUUCGGUCCAGUGUUUUGGACAUAUCUUUUGUUUCAUGUAUUUUGUUACUUCCCUGGUAAAGGUGAAAGUAGGGCCAACACCAUUUCAUUAACAUUUAAAUAUAUUAUUAAUAUUAUAAUUUCUUUCUUAGCAGUGAAAUGCAAGUGUGCAUCUUCUGAUUAAGAGUGUCUUUAUAUAGUCAGCUACAGAGCUAAAAUGGCAUUUUAUAUGCUAAUUGUUUUGACUCUGAGGUUGUCUUAGCCUUUGGAGACUGUAGACUUGCAUUUCAAAAUUAAUAAAAUUCACUCUUGUGAACAUAUUUAAGAGUUAUUCUUUGUCCUUGUGGUAAUAAAAUAAUAUGGGUGGUUCUGUUUUGUUAGAAGAUCCUGAUGAUGUAAUGAAUUAGAAUUAUCAAUGUUAUUUCCCUUCCGGUUCCAAUAAUUUCUAUUUUAUGACUGGGUCUCAUGUUUGCUAUGAGGACUUCUAGCCAGUGGGUGGCGCCAUAAUACUACGGCUUUGUUACUGUUCACUUGUGCUGAUUCAUUUUUAGUACUUAGAUAAUAUCUUGGGAUGGCAUUUCUCUUAAAAUUCACCAACUCUUAAUAUUUAUUUGAAAAAUUUCUGUCUUUUUUUUUGCCUAACAGUUAUAGGUUACAAACUGAAAUUAGGGACCAGUGUUGUUAUUUUCUGGUUUCAAUUCUAUUUGUUUUCUAAACUUGAUUGUAACCGUUGUUUGAUACUUCCCUUUACAUUCCUGUGACCCUGUAACAAAUGAACAUAACUAUCUUAGGCAGAGGAAACAAGCAAAACUCUACAUUCUUAAAAUAAAAAGUUUAGGGAGGCAUAUUUUAUUUACUUUUUUAGGUGUUCUUUCUGAUUGGUCCAAGGACCUAAAUUCUAUCUGGUAUAAAUAAUAGCCUCAGUGACGUAUCUUACAUCUUUCACUGGGUAAAAUGAUAUGUUUUUGUUCUUUAUAUAGGUGUUUAUCAUAAGUAGCUUAGGGUUUGAGAUGUGAACUUUCCGUGUUUAUGUUCUAUAAGUGCCAGGCUAUUUACAGUCUAAACUUUCCUUUUGAAUGUCUUCAUUUAAAAACAUUUUGUUUAGUAUAGAAAGUUAAAUGUAUACUAAAAUAUUUUCCUCUAAUUUUCAAUUAUUAGGGGCCUAAAGGUUAAUAAAAUUCUCUUAAUAAAUUAUAUUGUACAUUUGACAAGGAAAGAUUUGUUUAAGGAGAAGAUGAACCUUGGUGGGUUUCGUUUUCAAAUACGUGAGCUUGCUGGAUUUCCAGUGCUGAGGCUAACCUAUUUUAACUUUUCUUUUUCAUUGAUUCAUCUGUUGGCACUAUUUUGAUAUAUCAUCAGUUGAUAUACAGAGUUGUCUGAAGAAGUCUUUGUCAUCUAACCUUAGUAGACCAACAAACCUUUUCAUUAAUAUCAAAUGAUGAUUCUUCUGCUUAUGAGUGGUUGACAUCUACAAAUUGAAAAUGCCUAUUCGUUGCUCCUCUCAGUUUUCCUUCUUGUUUUUGUAAUAAUCUGUUUUUUUAAAGAUAUCUUUUGAUAGGAGUAAUUGUUAAACUAAAUGCCUUUAUAUCUUCAGCAAUGUUGCCCCAAAUAGCAAAAUCAUGAGUUUUCUUCUUAAAGAUGGGUUCUUCUAUAAAAUAAAAAUAACUAUUUAUUUUUGAAAAAAAAGUGAAACAAAUUCUAGAAAGUUGUGGUUGGGGUAGCAUUCAUAACUGAGGCUAUUUUUGUUUUUAUUAUUUUCUUAUCUUUGGAAAUCAAUCUUAAGGACGCAGGUAGCCUAUGGCAUAAGUUAUCGAAUAACACUUUAGUGCCUACUUGGUUAUCAGGAUUUUGGCUCUAAUGUGUGUUAAGUGAUAUUCAUCCCUCCACGUCUUGCCCCAGUCCAGGUUGUGCUGGGAAAAGACAGAUGCAGCAGACGCCAACCAGGAAGCCCUAGGGGGGACCUGUAGCUUUUGGCUGAAAUUCUGUUUGUCUGUAUAUUCUGGUGAAGCAAGGAAAAAUAAAAGAACAAAGGUCAUUGUUUAAGAUAAUCCAUUGUAGAUGGGAAUGAAAGAAAGGAUACUUCUAAGCUCUUUUCAAAUCAGAUUAGGUUACACACUGUCACUGUGCACACCCUGCUUCUUUCCUUCUUGCCCAAUACCCACCGGGCUCAUCUCUGCACCCAGGUCACUGAUGGUCACCUGCCUGGAAUGCCCUUUCUGUUCCCUUCUUUCUAGGAAAAACUAGUUUAUUAAGUUCUGGCUCAAAAAUCCUUCUUGUUUUUGGAGGCUUCCCUGACUGUUCCUUCUGCAUAGGUCUCUCCUGACCAUCCUUAUAAAUGGUAUGCUGGGAGGCAGAUAACCCUGUACAUAAAAAAGACUGGGAGUCUGGGAGCGGAGCUGGAAGACCUGAGCAUGCAUGUCUGAUUUAUAAGACUCAUGUCGUUGGGCAAAUCGCUCAUUUUCUCUGAGCCUCAUUCCUUCAUCUGUAAAGCCCAUCUCACAGGGCAGUUAUGAGGAAGGAAGGAAGUGGUACCAGCAAAAGGUGCUUUGUACAUGUUGUUGAUGAUGUCAUUGCUUUUGAUUACAGUGUUAAACUUUAGUAGUUUUUACCUAUGGAAUGUGUAGUUUUUAUUUGAUAAAAAAUUUGAUAUUCACCUUGAAAACAUUAUGCUAAGUGAAAUAGCCAGACAAGAAAGGACAGCUAGUAUAUGAUUUAUUUACUUGGAGUACCUAGACUAGUCAAAUUCAUAGAAAGUAGAAGGGUGAUUACCCAGGACUGGGGGAGAGGGAGGAAUGGGGAGCUGUUACUUAAUGGGUACAGAAUUUCUGUUUGGGAUGAUGAAAUUGUUCUGGAGAUUGAUAGUGGUGAUGCUUACAUAACACUGUGUAUGUACUUAAUGCACUGAAUUGUACCCUUGAAAGUAGUUACAGUGGAAAAUUUUGUGUUAUGUAUAUUGUACCACAAUAAAAAAAAAUUAAAAAUUUGAUGUUUAUAGGAACACUAUUCACAAUAGCCAAAUGAUGGAAACAGCCCACAUGUCCAUCAACCGAUAAAUGAAUAAGCAAGUUGUGGUACAUACAUACAAUGAAAUAUUACUCAGCCAUAAAAAGAUAUGAAGUACUGAUGCAUGCUGCCACGUAGAUGAACCUUCCGAACAUUAUGCUUCUCCUUGGCUACCAGAGACAUCAAAGGACUGGAAUAAGAAGAGAAACAACAAAUAAACAAACAAAAAAACUAUUAUGCUGGGCUUCCCUGGUGGCGCAGUGGUUGAGAAUCUGCCUGCCAAUGCAGGGGACACGGGUUCGAGCCCUGGUCUGGGAAGAUCCCACAUGCCGCGGAGCAACUGGGCCCGUGAGCCACAAGUACUGAGCCUGCGCAUCUGGAGCCUGUGCUCCGCAACAAGAGAGGCCGCGACAGUGAGAGGCCCGCGCACCGUGAUGAAGAGUGGCCCCCGCUCGCCGCAACUAGAGAAAGCCCUUGCAUAGAAACGAAGACCCAACACAGGCAAAAAAAAAAAAAAAAGUAAUAAUAAUAAAAAAAACUAUUAUGCUAAGUGAAUCAGACACAAAAUGUCACACAUUAUGAUUAUAUGAAAUAUCCAGAAUAGGUAAAUGCAUAGCGACAGCAGAGUGGUUGUUGCCAGGGCCUUGAGGGGAGGGAGUGGAGGAGGGAAUGGGGAGUAAUUGCAUAAUGGGCAUAAGAUUUUAUUUUGGGGUGCUGACAAUAUUUUGUUGAUAGAUAGAGGUGGUGGUUGUACAACAUUGUGAAUAUAAGAAACGCCAUUUUAAAAGGAUUAUUUUAUGUGAAUUUCACCUCAGUAAAACAAAUAUCUGAUUA